AGUACAAAGUACCAACAUUAUAAGUCUAAAGUUGUGAUUGUGAAUGAUAAUCAAAAUAAAAACAAAAAAUACAGAGAAAUUCAGUCUGUUCUGUUAUUACAAAACCGAAGUGGUCGGCGUAAUUAACAGGUUCUUUGCGUUCUUUCCGAGUGAGUCACUUCUUAUCUCUUCUAUUGUUUUUCGGGUAGUGUGAAUUAACUUUUUUUUCUCACAACAUAUUCAUUUCUUGUGUGUAGUUUUAUUAACAGAAAAAGAAAAAUGUCGCUGUACCCGAGUUUAGAAGACAUGAAAAUGGACCAAAUGGCCAAUGCCCAAUACAGCCAAAUUCAAAGGAGUAUUGCCGCCCCACAAGCCACUGCUCCCGGUGCUCCACCACCUUACACAUAUCCUGGAUUUGAUUCCAUGCCUGUCCCUGCAUUGGGGGCCGACAAACAACUUUACCCCUCAUUAGGGGAAUUUAUGGGGCUAGAAUUAAGUGAAGCUGUCAUUGCAGAGAACAUGCCAGAGUAUUCCCAGGUGGUUCUCUAUCAACAGAGCGUUGUUCCCCAAACUACAUCAACUGGCCUAAUAGCUCCCAUUUCUGGACAAUCAGUCGGCCUUCAAAGAGCUCAGGUCACUCACGGUGUUCGCCAAUUGAUACUCUGCAAAGAUAAAGAUAACAAAGUGGGAGUUCGCGUCAAAUCCAUCAACAAAGGUGUAUUCGUCUGUGUCGUUGUAGAGAACUCGCCAGCCGCCAUGGCAGGGUUGCGAUUUGGAGAUCAAAUCUUGCAAAUUAACGAUGAAAACGUCGCUGGAUAUACGAUGGAAAAGGUCCACGCUAUGUUCAAGAAGAGCCCCGUGAACGGUAUCAACGUAGUUGUCAGAGACAGGCCCUUCGAAAGAACUAUCACUUUACACAAAGACAGCGUGGGUUGUAUAGGAUUCCAAUACAAGAACGGUAAAAUUAUCACAAUUGUUAAGGACUCUUCGGCCGCUAGGAACGGUGUUCUGAUCGAACAUCAGCUAUUGGAAGUGGAUGGACAAAAUGUUGUAGGACUGAAAGACAAGGAAAUUACUAACAUCAUUCAGAAAGCUGGACCCGUCGUUACUAUCACCGUUAUUCCGAGUUUCUUAUACGACCAUAUGAUCAAAUCAAUGAAGGGUUCACUACUGAAGGAUUUGAUGGACCACUCAAUACCCACAUUGUAAUUAUUUCCAUCCAUUUCGAUAUAUAAGCACCAUAUGGCAAUCUUAAUAUCUAGAAUAGUAUAUAUUUGUAUUUCCUUAUAUUAUUAUGUUCAUAGAUCUAUUUUUUAUUGUUUAUAUUUUAAUCCGACAUGCAUUUAUUAUGAUAUAUUCCAGCGAUACUUAAAAAGUUACACACAUAUUUGAUCAAAUUUGUGUGAGACGGAAGUAAAAAAAAUAAAUUGGAACUUACUAUGUCAAAUUUAGUUAAACUUUCUUUUGAAAACUAUCUGCACAAUUUCGCUACAGCUUUUGUUUUUUACUGUAGUCUGUAUUACAUGAUAUUCAUAGCCCAUUCUCGACUGAAAGCACAUAAAUCUGUGCACAAUGGACAUAUCUGUAGGUUCUAUUGGCUCUAAUAUAUUACUAAUAAAACAAACUCAUACAUUGCUUGCUUGUUUGAUUAAAAUUAACUUUUAAGAAAUGCACUAACAAAAAUUUAAUUUUUGAGAAUUCUGCUGAGCUUUAUAAGUUUGAUGUUUUAUUUACUAAUUGUGCUUUUACAAACAUUAUUUGAAACAUUGUGCUUACAAUACAUUUGAAAAGCUUAAUUUUUUGUAUAAUAUAGCGUUCCUUAAUACAACAUAAACAGAAUAUUGUUAACGUCAUUUAAUUCUGAAAUUAUAAUCCGGCUCAAAGGACCAAAAAAAAUCGAAUGAUUUUCUUUUUCCAUGUAGAUUAUAUAUAACAAAAUUAGGUAAAGAACAUGUCUCAACAUUGUAUCAAGAUUGUGAUGUCUUAAAAUUUCAAGAUUUUCAUAAAUCACAUUUUAAAUUAUGAAGUUUUAAAAAUAUCUGAAAUAUAUGUUUUUAUGUGGCUAAUAAUUAGUCUGUAAUAUGUAUUGAUCAGUAAGAAUCUACACUUUACUUUCUUCAUUUUUUUUAACAAUGAUUUUGAUAUACCCUAUUCCACGAAUAUACGACUGUUUUGGAUGAUCGCGACAACGAUUAUUUAACUUUUCGAAAUAUGAAGAACGAAAGUACAUUGCAAAUUACAUUGUUGUUUAUUAGAAUAAUUAGUAGAGCAAUUUACAUUCGUACUUCUUAUGUUGCACACUAAAAUAUUCUUUGUCGCGAUAACCCAAAACAGUCGUUUAUUCGUGGAAUAGACUAUGCAUGAUUAUCUUAUUCCAUAGUAAAAUUAUGUGAAAAUUAAUUUUUUAAUUUUAUAUUUCUCCUUUUGUUAUAAUAGUGCGAACGAUAGGUUAUUUAGUUGAUCCAUGCUUUGUUUUUAAACCAAGAGGAGUAAACUAAAAAGACAGAUUCACACCCAAGAAAGUCACCAGAAAAAUCACCAAAUACAUCUUUUUUGUUGAUCUUAUCGGCCUUCGACGGUAAUCCAUAAAUAUAUUAUACUAAUACGCCGCUAAAAAGUUCUAAAAACAACAACUGUGUUUUAUAUAAAAGCAGACUAAAAUUCUAAAAAUUAAAGGAAUAACGCAGAAAACAAAAAAAUCGCUGAUAUAACUUAAUUAACUUAUAAAAUACUGUCAAAAUUUCGUAAAUGUCAUUAGUGUCAAAAUUGCAUAACAGUGGAGUAAACUUGCCUGAGGUUGGACCAUUUGCAAACAAGUAUUACGGCGCGGUAAAUUUAAAUUACUCCUCCUGUUUUAAACACAGACUAUAGACCUUGAUUGCAUAAUUUUUAAAAAUUGUGAAUAAUCUCAGUUAUGACAAAAAAUGUCGUUUCCUUUUAUUUGAAUGUAUAUUCCCGUCUUCAUUGGUCUAGAACUCAUAUACUAUUAUAAUAAACUCACCAUUUUUUGUAGUUAUCAAUGUUAAACUGCCUCAUAUAGACACAUAUAGUUUAUUUUUCUCGCUGUAUUAUAAUAGAGUUAUAUAGUUACGUUUAAAAUAUUUAGCUUUUUGUAUUCCUUAAAGUAGAAUAUGUUAUAUGAAUAUUGGACCUAACGUUAAAACAAUAUUUAUGCACACCAAAGAAUCUUGGUUUUGUGAUUUAUCUGUGCCAGAUAAUAACGUUUAGAUUUUAAUAAAUAUUUUAGACUUAAAA